AUUGUGGUUUUUGUUUUCACAACAGGGAUAUGCCUUCCGGGUGAUUGCAGAAAUAUUCAAUUCGAACAUCAUACCGUCGAUAAGAUCCUAGUAAACAAUACUAUUAGAACUGUGACAGUUAGCAACAACGAUAUCUGCGAAAUUUUCUGCUAUAAAGAACCAAACUGUGUCUCUUACAACUGCGGUCCGGAAGACAGUGAAUUAAAACAGUGUGACCUUAACAAUCGAAGCCAUCGGCAAGCAUCCAAUACUGACUUCAUAAUGAAGGAAGGCUACAUUUAUCGAAGCGUGCUGGUGAGUGGGAAAAGUAAUCUUUGAAAAACUAUCGUAACAGUAAGCUUAUAUUUCCAAGUAUCGAGUUAUUUUGCUGGAAAUCCUUUGUUAUUGCAUUUAUUGACUGACAUCAUUCUUACAGAACCACUGUGAAAACAGCUCAUGUCCGAUAAAUGCACAGUGUCAAGUUGGCUACACUAUGAAAAAAUACCGAUGUGUUUGUCCUUCAGGCUUUGAAGGAGAGCAAUGCGAGAUAGGUAAUCUUUAUGUGUAAUUAAAAAAAGAAAAACAGUUAUAAAUACUAAGGAUCCUUAGUAUUGUUUAAGUCUGAUAGGAAUGCUCCUCUUUCUGCUGUAUACAUUUCCCUUCAAAGUUAUUUUUUUUCUUUGAUUAUUCUUUGUCGCAUUCUUUUCUAUCACGAGUACGAUACACGGAAUUUUUAUCACAUUGGCCGUUUCACUUAUUCAAGUCACUAGAAUGACUUAUGGUCAUCGAAACUUUCAUUUUGUUUCGAUUAUUUUAUUAUAUUUUGCCAUAUUCUUUUCCAUCACGAGCACGGUGCACGGAGUUUUUAUCAAACUUGCAGUUUCACUUAUUCAAGUCAUAAGAAUGACCUAUGGUCAUCAAAACUUUCCUUUGUUUCAGCUGUAAGGGAACCUGUUGCCUUAUACCCUUUAAAUUCUGCCUAUGGAACAAAAGACAUGAUGGGCAAUCAACCGGAUGGUAUUCCUUCCAAUGUGCAGCUCGCAGAUGGACCGGAUGGGGAAUGUGAGGGCUCUCACCAGUUCCUGGGUACUCAGAAUAGCUUUAUCACACUUCCCAAUCUCGGUGGUUUGGAUGUCCAGUAUUCCCUGACGGUGCUGAUGUGGGUGUAUCCACAAGGGCAGGAUGGGCCUCUUUUCAACUACAGACCCUCGGGGGAUUGGGAAGUUCACUUAUGGAUAGUUAACGGAAAGUUUUUCUCCCGUAUGGCUAAACGGGGCGGGCCGUUGUUUACAUACUUACUGAGUCCCGCCCCACUGAUGAUUGGACGGUGGGCAUAUGUAGCCACUUCCUAUGACUACAAUACUGGGAUUACUCGGAUGUGGGUCGAUGGUAUAGAGGUCGCACAACUGGAUAUUGGAUUUCAUUCAAUGGCCACUAACUAUGACGUUAGAAUCGGUGUGAAGAGUGGUGAUGGUCGACAGUUCAAAGGGAGAGUUUCACGAGUGCAAGUUUAUGACGUAGCGUUAACUCUGGAUCAAGUUUUGGCUGUUCAAAAUCGAGGGAAGGGCUCGUGA